AUGAAAAUAUGUCUCAAAAAGUCCGUGAUGUGCCCAGCGACUCUUGAUAAGCAAAAAACCGAUGUUCUUCAAGCUAAUAAUAACUUUUGGAGCCCUUCGUCACCAACCUCGUCAUCGUCCAAUAAUGGAAAAAAGAGAAAUGUACCGUUGAAAGCCAAUGGUUCAUUAGAUCCUCUUGAAGUUAUAAAGUUAGCCGUACAUACUUUGACAAGAAUACUAUUGAAAGAGGUUCUUCUCACUCAUAUAAAAGCUCAAAACAUCUACGAAUAG